AUGUCUCCACCAGUAACAACAACCACAUGCAAGCUGCUCGAAUUGCCGGCAGAACUUCGCAACAAGAUCUACAGAUACUCCAUCUGCGAGAAGGAUGGCAUUGAGGUUCCACGGACCGGUCGCGAACAGCCAGGACUUACUCGCACUUGCAAGCAGAUUCGAAAGGAAGCGACCGCCAUCUACUAUCUCGAGAACAUCUUCCUGGUCGAUGCGCCUGGCUUUGAUCGCUACACUUGUGAGCGCAUCGAGAGACAAGCUCGAGCACAUGUGAACAUCGGCAAGCUCGACUUUCUCAUCGACACUGAGGCUUACAGCUACUCUUGGUCCGAGCUUGUCAAGUGGCUUAAGCUCUACCACGAUGGAGAAUCUGACAUGUGGCGUCUCGAUGGCGAGGAUCUAGACGAUCCAUACUACAUUGCUGCCAAGGCGGCGGAGAUGGUCGAGAAGUUGAAAGGGAAGAUGGGAUGGGAUGACAUUGCGGACGUUUUGGGUUCGUAUAAGGAGGGGACGAUGCAUCUUAUGAAAUGGGUCGAGUAA